UCAAAGUUGUUGCUGUUUUCAACUUUUGUACAUAAGAAAAAUUUUCCGCUUCUUGUAAUAAAAGAAUACUACACAAAAAACAAAGAAAAUGUUGAAAACUUAAAACAGGUAAGAAACAACUAAAUUUUCAUCGGCCGUGGCUGAGUAGUAAUGCAGAAGUUCGAAAACGUUAAAUACGCAUAGACAGCCACAAAGUAAACACGUCGUGGACUCCGCAGACUUGAAGUCGAAGAAAAAAGUUGAAAUUUGCAAACACCUAGAUUUUGAAGAAAUAAGUUGGUCAGUGAAAAGUGUUGUGAAGGACAAGUUUCAUUUGAAUUAUCAACGCAACGCCAACGCCUUAACGAAAGUGAGCAGCCGUGGCGAUGGAAAAUUUGCAAGGGCGCAACGGUAGUAGUGGUACUUUUUUCAAAAAGAAUUCAGAGACGGAAAAAUUAGCUGCUGGGCGUUGUGGCACCUCGGCACAUGUAGGCGCAGGCAUUGGAGCAGCAAACAAUUUCGCAGCAGUGCAGGAUGACUGCAAUUGCAUUGGAAAUGGCAGUGGCAGUGGUAGCUGGCUAACUUGUGGCCAACAACAUAUACAAAAUAACAAUAAUAAUAACUCAACGGAAUCAAAUGUUCAGGCCAAGUACAAUGUUGGCAUAACAACAACAGGGGUGGCAGCGGCUGCUAGCAUUGCGACCGUUGCGUUGGCAAUUUCGACAACAGAUGCGUCAUGUACCGGCAUUGGAAUUAAAAGUGAAGGUGGUGGUGGAAUCGAAGAUGACAGUACUGAAAGAAAACCAGCUGGCGUACGCGCAGGCUUUGCCACGGCAGAUAGCACUUGCAAUGCAAUGGCGGGUGCAACAGCCAAGAGCAUUGGCGAUCUAAAGCAAAAUUGCGCCUCCUGCAUUGCCCUUACUACGCCUAUUCCGACACAGGAUGCAAUGGCAGCGGCGGCUGCUGAUGUAAUAACGCCCAGUGAUUUCAAUGCGUGCACAUUUGAUGUUUUUUCAGCAGCAGCCGCCGCUGCCGCUACAGCAGUGGUAUCCCGCAGUGCCUCACUCAACAACUCCACCGAGAAUCUCAGCUACACCAGUGAUAAUUAUGCGGAUGACUUAUUGCUGUUGGAGGGCGACGAUGACAUUGACGAUGUAGAUGUCGAUGCGGAGGAGAUUUCGCUCAACUCAGAUGAUUGUGUUUAUGCAUAUCGUGGUGACGGUGCGGAUUUUGAUCUCGCUUUAGAUGCUAUUGCCGGACGCGGUCAUGGCACUAGCAAUACCUGUAUGGCCGAUGAUGAAACAGACUUCCUUGAAAUGGAUUUCGAGCCAGAUCCGUUGUCAGAGGUGGAGUACGGUUCGGUGGAAACGGCGCCUGGUCACGCAGACGCCUUCCUAAUGCAACGCGAUGCUUGCCAUUUGAGUGGUCGUCAUUCAGCGACCCUGAGUCACUAUACCAACGCUACAACUGGGGCGCAACGCUUGCUUUUCAGUUCGCCAAUCGAUGACAGCUUGCCACCGCCACCAACCAAGACACUUCAAUCGCAACUACUUUUGAGUAAGAACUACGCACGCAUCACCAUGCAUUUGGAUCAAAUUAAGGGAGAGAAUGGCGACUGCAAUGCUUACGAGCGCACACACAGUGACCGCACCUCAGCGCUGGGUAUGGUCGAUGACACAGUCGAUGCGGUGCCCAAAACUGGUGUGAUCAAUGCGGCUCAUUCGCUGCCCAAUGCGUUGCUCUCGAAUUUCGGGCGUAAUGUACUACACACAAAGGAGGAGAGCAAAGCCAACCCCUCGAAAGUAACAGGCGCCAAACCAAAACGCUAUUCAACAUUCUCUACAUCCUCAUCUACAUCUUCCAAGAACUCUUCGAAAUCUCGCAAUUCGCUGCGCUCGACAUAUGCACCGACAACGCUCUCCAAUAGCGCAAGCUUUGAUGAGCGCAGUGCCAGCUGCACUGAAUUUCGGUGCGCAGCGCCCAAGAUGGGUGCCAGCACAGAAAAUUGCAUGCAUGCGGAAACCGGCCUAGUCACCAGCACAGCCACGACAACUAACGACUGCGACGAUUCGAGUGCGAAUGAUGACACUUGCCUGGAUUGCUUAGAGAAAGAAUUUUUGGCCAAUACCAUUGGUAAGGCCGUGGAUUUGAAUGAGUGUCCCAGUUGCCGCAAACGCAGUAGCAGCAACAUAGCGCUCUUCAAACGUGCCGCACAAACAUCGACUGGCGCUACGCGUUGUCGUAGUGGUUCUCCAUUGAUCUUCAGAGAUACCCGUGAUGAUUGCAUUUUCGAAACCAUAGGCGGUGAUAACUUACAGCCAAGAAAUGUGGACUGGGCGACUUCGGCUUUCAGAGAUAUACGCAUGCUGAAGGACGAUAGAUGGCUGGGCGAUAGUGUUAGCUGUGAUGAUAGUGGGCCGUGUGCUGGCAAUAGUAAACUCAAGCCGCGCGUACGUACGCGUGUGCGUGCACGCACUUGUGACGCUGAGGAGUUGCAGCACUUGAAGAGCGAAGAAGAGGGAAUAAACCAAAGACGGGCAACGAAUGACAUCAACAACGAGCAUCUGCUGAAGAACUUAGUACUGACUGAAAAGGAAUUUGUCACAGUUGCCACUUUAAACUUAAGCGAGGAGUUGCUAGUGCAGGCACUGGACAAACUUCAUGUAUCAUACAAUUUGGAGCUCAUUAAAUCCUACUUUUAUUAUGCCUCGAAUGCUGCCAAUACAACAGCAACAACGACAAUGCCUUUAAAGUUGAAGAUGCAUAAAAACGUUAAAGAACUUAAAGAUUUGAAACAUUUACUAAUGCAUGAAUCGAAGAAGCAUUGCAACCAUCAUAAGCUGAAAUGUUUGAUUGAAUUUGCCACACGGCAGCAGGUGGACGUGCAAUUUGAGCAGGUUUCCGAGGAGACUUCAACAAUACUGGUGCCCAUCAGAGUCACCGACAUACUGCAACAUUGGGUGCGAACGAAAAAUCUCGAGGUACUCAAGCAUUUAGAUAAGCGCUUCGCAGAGACAAAUGUUUUGGGCAAAAUUGCCAAUAUCAUACGGCAGGCGCAGCAACGUUGCUCACAACGACGGGCACUGCCUGAAUAUAUAAUGAUACCACAGUACUAUCCUGCUGGAGUUUUAAGGCUUACAAGAAAAUCUUAAAUCUGCUACACUUAGAAACUGCGAUUUGCAUGGCUGUUUUAUACAUUACGUUCAAGCAUAAAAACAAAAAACAAAAAAUAAAAA